AUGCGUAACAAGAAACAUCAUUAUCGAGAAUUGCCCGAAGAAGUCCAGAAAUCAUUGGGCAGAAUCCCGAACGAGUUUCUUUGCUACUUCACUUCACGUUUCCCUUUGGUGAGUGAAUUUUUCUCGACAUGCAUGAGGACCCGUGGUGAAGGUCCAUGCGUCGGUGGUUCGCAGUAA